AGGAAGCAACGAGCACACACUUGAUUCCGUCAAUACUAACAAAAAAUUGGCGAAAAUGAUUAAAGGUGUUGAAUUUUUGAAAUAUGUGGGACCAAAGGUACUUUUUAUUAACAUGUGGGGCUAAAUGUAGAAUCGGUGAAAACUUGAGGGAUGAAAACUGUAUUAUUUUCAUACUUUCUAUAUAAACCCGGGAGGUAUCGUGCAUUCAAAGAACACACAAAACAUUUUCCGUAUCACAGAAGCGAGAAAAAAAGGAGAUAGAGAGAGAAACACACAUAGAGAGAGAAAGCCAAUCUUCAAAUCAAAAUCAAAAUCAAAAUCAAAGUUGCAGACCGCUACGAAUCGGCGAUGGCGGCGGCGGCGAAGUUUCUAUCACUGGCAUGCAUAAGGCCGAACGAGAGCGGCAAUUUGUCCCCUCGGCCCCACUACCCGUCGAUGCCCAAGUACCCCAAAGGCGUCGCCGUUUCAUCAGACGAGGAGAAAUUCAUGCGAGGAUCGGAAUCCAUGGCGAUUUUCUCCGUCACCGGAAUGACCUGCUCCGCCUGCGCCGGAUCGGUGGAGAAGGCCGUCAAACGCCUCCCCGGAAUCAAGGAGGCGGCGGUCGAUGUCCUCAACAACCGCGCUCAAGUCAUGUUUUACCCUGCUUUUGUCAAUGAGGAAACGAUCCGCGAGACAAUCGAAGAUGUAGGGUUCGAAGCGACACUAGUACAAGAAGAAACGAGCGAGAAAACCUCUCAAGUAUGUCGAAUUCGCAUAAAAGGCAUGACUUGCACUUCUUGCUCCACAACAGUCGAAUCGGCGCUACAAUCUCUACCCGGCGUAGAAAGAGCACAGGUGGCAUUAGCAACCGAAGAAGCCGAAAUCCGUUACGAUCCAAAUAUCUUGUCCUCGAUUCAAAUCCUCGAAGCUGUAGAAGAUUCCGGAUUCGAGGCUACCCUCAUCAGCACGGGCGAAGAAGACAGGUGCAAAAUACACCUUCAAGUCGACGGAGUGCGAACGGAAUCUUCCAUGAGAAUAAUCGGCGAUUCCCUCCAAGCAUUGCCAGGUGUUCAAGACAUGGACUUCAAUCUCGAACUCAAUAAGGUCUCCCUCUCUUACCAACCCGAUUUAACGGGCCCCAGAAAUUUCAUCGAGGUUAUCGAAUCAACUGGCUCCGGCCGCUACAAGGCGAAGAUAUUUCCCGAAGGAACUUCCAGAGGUUCUCAUAGAGGGGAGGAGAUUAAGAAGUACUACAAAUCUUUCUUAUGGAGCCUCGUUUUUACGAUACCUGUGUUUUUACUGUCCAUGGUUUUUAUGUAUAUACCUGGAAUCAAACACGGGCUCGAAACUAAGAUAGUGAACAUGCUUAAUAUCGGUGAAGUAUUGAGGUGGAUAUUGUCUACUCCAGUUCAGUUCGUUAUCGGUCGAAGAUUCUACGUCGGUGCUUACAAAGCGUUAAGACAUGGCUCGGCAAACAUGGAUGUGUUGAUUGCGCUUGGAACAAAUGCUGCUUAUUUCUAUUCGGUUUAUUCGGUACUGAGAGCUGCCACGUCGCCGAAUUUCGAGUCGACCGAUUUCUUCGAAACAAGCUCGAUGCUGAUUUCGUUCAUACUUUUGGGGAAGUAUUUGGAGGUUUUGGCCAAAGGGAAGACUUCCGAUGCUAUAGAGAAGCUCAUGGACUUAGCCCCUGAAACGGCCACACUUUUAACUCUCGACGGUGAAGGAAACGUUUUGCACGAGGAAGAAAUAGACAGUCGAUUGAUACAAAAGAAUGAUGUGAUGAAGAUUAUUCCGGGCGCGAAAGUGCCGUGCGAUGGGUUUGUUAUGUGGGGACAGAGUCACGUAAACGAGAGCAUGAUUACUGGAGAAUCUAGGCCGGUCGGAAAACGGAAGGGCGAUUUGGUAAUUGGAGGGACUGUUAACACGAACGGGGUUCUGCAUAUUAAGGCGACGAAAGUUGGAUCGGAGAGUGCUCUUGCUCAAAUCGUUCGACUUGUGGAAUCGGCACAAAUGGCGAAAGCUCCGGUCCAGAAACUUGCUGACCGGAUUUCCAAAUUCUUCGUUCCUUUGGUUAUAUUUCUUUCGUUUUCGACUUGGUUGGCCUGGUUUUUGGCGGGAAAAUUAAACAGGUACCCGACUUCUUGGAUUCCUUCUUCGAUGGAUAGCUUCCAGCUGGCGCUUCAGUUCGGCAUUUCUGUCAUGGUCAUAGCAUGUCCAUGCGCGCUUGGCUUAGCUACUCCGACAGCUGUUAUGGUCGGUACGGGUGUCGGUGCUUCUCAAGGUGUACUUAUUAAAGGUGGCCAUGCAUUAGAAAGCGCUCAUAAGGUGAACUGUAUAGUUUUCGACAAGACAGGGACGCUGACGGUCGGAAAGCCGGUGGUUGUCAAUACUAGGCUCUUGAAAAACAUGGUUCUUACCGAUUUCUUCGAACUAGUCGCUGCUGCUGAGGUAAACAGUGAGCACCCAUUAGCCAAAGCAGUUGUGGAGCAUGCGAAAAAAUUCAGACAAGACGAAGAGAAUCCCGUUUGGCCAGAAGCGAAAGAAUUCGAAUCAAUAACCGGACAUGGGGUGAAAGCUCUUGUCCGAAACAGAGAGGUUCUUGUCGGGAACAAGAGUUUAAUGGUGGAUCGAGAUAUUAAUAUUUCACUCGAUGCUGAAGAAAUAUUAGCGGAAACCGAAGGUUUGGCUCAGACGGGGAUUCUCGUAUCGAUUGAUAAGGAACUGGUCGGAAUACUUGCUAUAUCCGAUCCUUUGAAACCCGGGGCUAAAGAAGUCAUUUCGUUUCUCAAGACAAUGAAAAUAAGGAGUAUAGUUGUCACGGGUGAUAAUUGGGGUACUGCGAAUUCGAUUGCUAAGGAAGUUGGGAUCGAUACCGUUAUUGCGGAAGCCAAACCCGAGCAUAAAGCAGAGAAAGUGAAAGAACUACAGGCGGCAGGCAACAUUGUGGCAAUGGUGGGAGACGGCAUCAACGACUCGCCGGCACUGGUGGCGGCCGACGUCGGAAUGGCGAUCGGCGCAGGCACAGACAUAGCUGUCGAGGCGGCAGACAUAGUUCUGAUGAAGAGCAAUCUGGAGGAUGUAAUAACCGCCAUAGACCUAUCGAGGAAAACGUUUUUCAGAAUCCGACUCAACUAUAUUUGGGCGUUGGGGUACAAUAUCAUGGGCAUCCCCAUUGCCGCCGGGGUACUUUUUCCGGGUACCCGAUUCCGGCUGCCGCCGUGGAUUGCCGGGGCGGCAAUGGCGGCGUCCUCGGUUAGCGUGGUUUGCAGCUCUCUUUUGCUGAAGAAUUACAAGAGGCCCAAGCAGAUGGAUACACUUGCCAUAAGAGGAAUUAGUGUUGAAUAGGUAGUAAAAUUGUGUGAAUAGUUAAUCAAAUUGUAUGUAAGAAAUGUUGGGGUGUGUUAAUAGUUAAUAUGUCAUUGUAGCUUGUGUGUAUACUUUCUUUUGUAUUUAAUUAAAUAUACUAUGUAGUGUGUUUAAAAUAUUGGAAUACGUAUUAGAUUCCGAUUUUCAAAAA